AUGCUGCACGACCUCAGCCUCGUGUGGACGUCCGACACGCCGGCCGCCGAUGUGGCGAAUACGCUCGCCAUGAGCGCCGAGCUCGGCUACGACGUGGUCGCCCUCGAUCACGUCUACAGUGGGCCUUUGCCGCCCAUAAUUACGAAUUCUUUGGAAGCUGUUGUCCAGGUAGCAACUGGUGUGAUGGUUUCCGCUGCCGCAACGACCUCGACGAGCUUAACGGCAUCAACAGCCCCAACACCCCGGCCGCGCAUCCUCCACCGUGCCACCAUCGUCAUCUCCGACUUCGCCGCCAACCACCGCCUCGGCGCCUUUGCCGCCGCCUAUGACCUCGUCGCCGUCCGCCCGACCAAUGAAAAGGCGUUUCAGUCUGCCUGCCUGAACAUGACCGAGCCCGCCCUCAUCAGCCUGGACCUGACCACCUACUUUCCCUUUUACUUUAAGCACCGCACCUGCAUGGCCGCCGUGCGCCGCGGCCUGCACUUUGAAGUGUGCUAUUCACAGGCCCUGCGAGGCGGCACCGGCGGCGGCGGUGGCGAUCAUGGAUCCUCGGCGUCCUCGGCCGACAAGAGCGGGAGCGCCGCCCGCGCACGGGCCCUGUUCGUGGCCAACCUGACGGGCCUGAUGCGGGCGACACGCGGCCGCGGUAUUGUCGUGAGUUCCGGCGCCCACAUCAAGGGUGGCGGCGCGUUUGAGCUGCGCGGGCCGGCCGACGUCGUGAACCUGCUGGCCGUAUGGGGCCUGCCGCCGGACCGGGGAACGGAAGCGAUGGCAGCGUUACCGCGGAGCAUUGUAGCCAACGAAGGUCUGCGGCGGCGCGGGUUCCGGGGUGUUAUCGAUGUUGUUCAGGCAGCAGGUGGUGGCGAGGCGAUAGAGACGGCCGGCAAGCACAAGCAAGGGAAGGAGAAGGAGAAGGAGAAGCAGCAACAAAAGCAGCAGCAACAAAAACAGCAAAAACAGAAACAUCAGAAAGGCACCGACCAGAAGAAGCGGAAGGCCGACGAUGGGCUGGCCAACGGUCCACCACAGGCACGGCAACAGCAGUCAAAAAAGCAGCGCAAAGGGCCAUGA